AUGAAGUCAGCAGCACGAGAACAAAAAGAUAGCGAUCAGGCCUUCCUUGUCGAGUCCUGUUUCCUGCAGAGGGGGGGUGGCGAUGCGGCGAACACGGGUUUAACGGAGGGUAACUUAGGCAGGGGUCGGCGGAUAGAGGCGGAUUCCAAUGCCCAGGCCAUUGCUGAUGCAGAAUGCAAGUUGCAAGGGAAACUACGUUGCUACAUAAGAGACGAACAUUUAACACAUCUUGUCGCCGUCUUUCAGCUGGCUCCGCGGUCCGAGUUCGAAAAGGCCCCUCGAAGUGGCCGCUGCCGAAGGCACCAAGGCAAGCAGCGAGGGCUCCUAAGCUCGCCGUCAGGGCCCCAGCCUGGUCUAGAAAUGCCGAAGAAGUCCAAGGCGAGCAAGAAUGCUACAGGAGCUUAUCUCGUAAUGCUGCGAGUCCUUUUUGAACAUGGUGCGAUUCGCAUCUGCCGGCUGCAAGGAGGCUUGAAGAAGGGUCCAGUCAUGGACGGCUUCAGGACCGUGGAGGAGCCUGCAUAUCUCUCCAUCAAGGAGGAGAAUAUUGCACAAUUCACCCUUCCAGUGGAGGCCUUCACUUUUGAACCCGAGCCGGACAUGGUCGUGAGCCAUUUUAAAAACGGCGAUACAGAGCGCAAAAUCUACUGCAACAUAGAGCUCUCAGAGGAGGAGAAAGCAAGCGUCAAAGCUCUGCAGGAAACAGCAAAGGCUCAGGGCCUUGAGUUUUUCCCUUCCAUCGCAAUUAUGGCAGGGCGCUUUUUGAGCAGAGCUCGAGGCGACCCUCACAAGGCCAUCAAGCUCAUGUUGGCCACACAGGAGUGGAAGGCAGAAUACUUCAAGGACGGGCCGGUUGCCGAUCACCAAGUGAUCGAUGAUCUCAAGUACGGCGUAGUUUACUUUUGUGGCCGAGAUUAUGGCAUGAGGCCCACAAUUGUGUGCCGAGCAAAUCGAAUACCAGACGAGUGGUACAAGGACAAGGCUGCUGGCAUUGAGCGGCUGAUCAGAGUAUUGAUUUUCUCUAUGGAGUACAUGGUCAGAUAUAUGGUUGUGCCCGGCAAAAUCGAGAACAAUUGCCUGGUGGUCGAUCUCAAGGGUCUCGGGAUCUCCGGAGUUCCGAUAUCGGCCUUGUCCAAGAUUUACUCGGUCAUGAGUCAUCACUACAUUGGUCGGGUCUUUAGGUUUUACGUUGUCAACAUGUCCAGCGGCUUGAGCACAAUUGCUGGCUGGGUCAAAGGCCUGCUGACCGAUCGGCAGAAGCAAAAGCUGCAGCUGCUGGACAACCUAGAUGAUUUGAAGAAGGAUUUUGCAAGUCAUCAGCUGGAAGAGGACUUGGGUGGCACGAGACCGCUUAUCAAGACCUUCUUCCCAUUCCCACUUCAGGGUCCACCGUUCGACAAGGGCUCAACUGAAAGUUGUACCGCCAAGCCGCUUGAGGGCACUCACAAGUUGCUGACGGCAAUGGGUGCACGGGGCCGAAUAUGGGAUCCCACGAAGACCAAAGAGGAAAAUGCUGCUUUGGAGUAUGCUCCAGAGGCAUACGACUUCUUCGUCCAGAAUGACAUCCCGGUGCCACCCGACUGUCAGAAGCAGCACGAGGCCGCCAAGCAAGCCGAAGAGGAAGCCAAGCGUGCAGCGGCAGAAAGCCCCAGCGGAAUUACCAACUCAGACAUGAAGGCUAGCAACGACGGGGCCAACCCCGACAUGCUUACAGCCCCCGGAGCCUUGCCGGAUGAGGAGGAGGACGACGACGAAGAGGAGGAGGAGGAGGCUUGA